AUGAAUAUGAACAAUGUCAAGGUUCCCAAGAUGCCUAGUGGCGGUGCUGCCUCUGCUUUAAUCAAGUUGGGUGUUAUUGCUGGUCUUGGUGUGUACGGAGUUGCUAACAGUCUCUACAACGUUGAGGGUGGGCACCGAGCCAUUGUUUUCAAUCGUGUCACUGGUGUCAAAGAGAAGGUUUAUCCUGAAGGGACACACUUGAUGGUUCCAUGGUUUGAAAGGCCAGUUAUUUAUGAUGUUCGUGCGCGACCACAUUUAGUAGAGAGCACAUCAGGCAGUCGUGAUCUUCAGAUGGUAAAAAUUGGUCUACGGGUUCUCACUCGUCCUGUGCCUGACCAGUUACCCACUGUUUAUCGAACUCUUGGUGAAAACUACAAUGAGAGAGUCCUGCCCUCAAUUAUUCAUGAGACUUUGAAAGCUGUGGUUGCCCAGUACAAUGCUAGCCAGCUUAUCACCCAAAGAGAGGCUGUCAGUAGAGAAAUACGAAAAAUAUUGACUGAGAGAGCUGCCAACUUCAACAUUGCAUUGGAUGAUGUGUCCAUUACAACCCUGACUUUUGGAAGGGAAUUCACAGCUGCAAUUGAAGCUAAACAAGUAGCUGCACAAGAAGCUGAGAGAGCCAAGUUUGUGGUGGAAAAAGCUGAGCAAGACAAACAGAGUGCUAUAAUUAGGGCACAGGGUGAGGCCAAGAGUGCUCAGCUGAUUGGUCAAGCUAUUGCCAACAAUCCAGCAUUUAUUACUCUCCGGAGAAUUGAAGCAUCUAGAGAAAUCUCACAAACCAUUGCAAAUUCAAACAACAAAGUGUAUUUGAAUUCUGAUGAUCUGUUGCUGAACCUUCAGGAUCUAAACUUGGAGCGAGGCGGAAAGAAGUAA